CACACCGUUCAGACCAGGACAAACGAAGCAAAGCAGUCCUGUCUGUGUGUGUCUGAAAAAUUCUUGUGAACCCUAGUUGUAGGUUUUGUCGGGCGAGCAAGGGGUUAAGCAAAAACGCGAGUCCGAUCCAUUAGAGGCCGUUUGGUGGCGGCAAAAAGCAACAAGUGACACGCUGUGCCUGGAUUGAUGGUUGGACAAGAUGAUAACCUGAGAGCGUGAAAGUGCAUGCGGCUAUGUGGGCCGUGGUUGUGGCCGUCCUAUGGGGGUGCGUUGUGGCCACUCCGCAGCCGCUGCACCUCAAACAGGACUCCUUCGGAAGGCCCACCACCUGGCAGAAGAGACUAUCUGAAGAUCCCCACAGUCCCACGUCGGAAAUAUUAGCACAUCACAUCCCGCAAAUUAAUUCGGCAAAUUCGCAACUUAUGUUGCGCUCUCCCAGAGGAUCUCGUCAGUAUGACGUUCCCCAAAUAGAAUGUCCCCCAGCGGCCGACGGCAUGGAACGGUUCGCCUGUCCUACACCAGACCUACAGGGCCGCUAUCACUGCAUAGAUGACCAUGUUCUUUGCGACGGAUUCAUAGACUGUCCUUCAGCGGAAGAUGAAAACCGUCAGGCAUGCAUGUUUUAUAAAACAACAAAAGCGCACCUGGACGUAAUAGCCGACGCGCUGCUUCGGUGGGCACGCGGACGUUAACCUCUCACGCCAGCGGGCGGACAGUGGAGCGCUAGCUAGUCAGGUCGUGCGCCCCUCUGCCCGAUCCUCUUCGCCCACCGUCUAGCGUAUACUUCAGAGAGUAAAAAGACUUCGCCAGCAGCAGCUACGGACGAGGUCAAAAGCACGCAACGCCGGCACGAAAAACUUAAGCGACGCAAUCCAAUGAUCACCAAACCUCCUCCACCACAACUUCUUCACUCACAUACGAGUUACUUAGAUCUUAGUUCAACUCCAAUACGAUGGUGUAAAAUCAACAUUAAAAUCGGUCGGCCUCGCAAUUCAUUCGCUCUGUCCUGCGCUGCCGCUAGCCUUGUAGAGAAAAUCAUUCCCAAUUAGAGAUUCCAUAAAUCGAAAUAUACCCUUUAUCUGACUUCAGGAUGUUCCCAUGAAGGAAGAAGGCCUUAGCGUAAUGUUACUUUUUCAAAAUUCCUUAAUUUUAUUGGAUAUUUUAACCCUCGUCUUCAUAAAAUUAUAUUUUUGUUUUAAUAUUUUAAUUUGUAACAUGUUUAACAAAAGUCGGUAUUAUACAAACAAGAAUAUUAAUUAAUUUCAUGGCAACAUCUUACAACAAUAUUUUAGCCUGACUUUCAAGUAUAUUUAAUUUAUAUUCUAUAAAUGUCUACAACAAAUUGAAUAAACUGAAUCAAAUUGUUAAAUAAGACAAAUUUGUUAAUCCAUAUUUGUUACACCUUUAUCAAUGUUAAUGUUAUUAAUAUUCUAAAUUAGGAACUUUAUAAUUAUAUCUCGACUUGAUACUGGGCUAAGCAAUGGCUCAAAUUUCGUAUGGUCUCCAUGUAUAAUCAAAUUCCAUUUCUAAUGCACCCUUACACUAAUAUAGAUUAUUAAAAAAUAAUAAAAAAAACUAGUUUGUAGUUCUAGAUGUGGCAUUAUAUAAGAUAUUUAAAAGAGAAAUAAAUGCUUUUAAUGUAAUAUAUAUGGCGCACGUAAAAUAUAAACACGGAAAUUGAUUGUACAUUGUUGGAGAAUGUGUCAUAUUGGAUUAAAUAAUGGAGGCUGGACCCUUGCUUGGAAAGAACAAGCUACUCCUGCUAGUAUGUACAUAUAGUACGAUACAAUUCAAUUUAUGGUAUCGGGCGAUGAUUUUCAUCCUGAGCCACCGACCACCAUUAAUUGAUAUUGGGUGAAGUAGCAUCUACUUCUAACCAAUGGUUUUAGAAUAUUUCAUCCAUUGUGCACUAGCAUGAUGUAUACAAAUAAUUUAAAGAAAUAUUUUAUCCUUAAGGCCAAAAUAUUUCUUUUUCUUGAAUCUCAAGUCGAGAACAUAUGUCGACUUAAGUUAGGUAAAAUUAUUUUUCAAUUUAGAUAAUCUUAAUAAUGUACUGACAAAGUCUGAAUAUUUAAGUUCCAUAUUAGUUAGUACUGAAAGUAAGUUAAUUAAAAUAAAACCCAUAACGUAAAACGAAAUAUCGGCCUAUAAAAAUAAACAAGCUAAUAGAUUUGUAGUGUAGUUGAGAGAGUUUACAGUUGUCCUGGUGCACUGUGAAAAUCAAUUCCUGAAACUGAAAACAACCGGAACGAGAUUACAAGUCAAUAACCUCUAAUUCGAAUCCCUAUUAAUCAUUUUAAACUUACAAACAUAAGAUGUUUUGCUUGUUUGUGACAACAGUGAUAUUAUAAGUUUUAACAAAAGUUGUCAAUAUGUUAUUAAUGUUUUUAAUCACUCUAUGUCAGGCCUAUCAUAUUUCAAAUUUGUAUAAAUUUUUUAGUCUAAUUUAUAAAUAAAUUAUGAUAAUUUUCUUCUAAAUUAUGUUACAUUAAAAAAUAAUAUUUAGAUUUAGUAAUAAUUUGCUGAGGCUGGAAACCUAAAUCAAAAAUGAUAAUUAUUGGUUUUAAAUAGAGGUAAAAUUCAAAUAAUUCUCAGUUCUAAUAAUAACAAUAAUUUCAUAUGAUUUAAAUAAAUUUUCAUUAAGUGUAUAUGAGACUGAUUAGUCCAGCACUAAAUGCGUGUUUUUUUAUGGGGAGUAAGUGUAAGAAAUGUGAUGGGAAUGUUAUGGAGUGAACUCUUUAGAUAUCAAGUAUUCUGUAGCCAUGUAAGUAAUUAUAAUAAAGUGUAGAUUAGAGAAAGCAAACAUAUAAAUAAAAAUUUUUAUUUUUAGAAUAGAUUUAUUUUUUUAAUAAAUACAAUAAAAUGUUUGUAAGAAAGAGUAUUUUAUAAGACAUUUUGAAUUAAAUAUAUAUUUUUCUUUAAAUGAAAGUGUAUGUACAAAAUAAUGUAAUGACUAUCAUAAUUCAAAAAUACACAAAAACUGAUGCAAUCAAGGACAGUGAUAUUAUUAGUAAUAAAAUAUUUUUUUAUUUGGUUAGCUACAGACAAGGGAUAAUUGUAAAGUCUAUCAACCAUACCUACACUAUAGACAGGGAGAGAAAAAUUAGAACUUUUAAAAAUAUUUUUUCAAUGAUGAAAAUGAAAUUGGAAUAGAUUUUAGUUGUUCUCAGGGUAAAAGGCACAUUGUCCACAUUCCUGCCCUCAUGUCCUUCCUGUAAAUAUUACCUUUCAAAAACUCACUCCGAUUUGCACAAGUAAGUAUGAACGAUUGUCAAAUGAAGCAAUUUGAGUAGUAUUUGAAUGGCAAAUCCAAAUUGUUCCUGACUUAGUGCAUAAGAAGUGCACCCUGCACAAUUGCACAUAUAAGCACCAAACCAAAUUGUGUUUUUUCCCCUUAUGUUGAGGUGUCGUAGGGCUGUCUACUAUUAAAGUGAUGCGAGGUAUGGAAUAGCAGCAUUUUUAAAUGUGAUAUGAUAUAUAUUAUUAUAUUCCUGCCACAGGACUACAGUUUUGUCUUUAAUGUUUAACUGUAUGUAACUUUUUAUCAUAUUUGUAUAUAUGAAUUGGCAGACUCCUUAAAUACAUUACUAUUCUUAAUAUUCACAUGAUAUAUUUUUUAUUUAAUUUUAUAUUUACUUGUUGCCAAUGACACGCAAUGCGUAAUUUAAUAAUUUUGCGUUGUUAAACAAAUUAUUGUUUCUAAUUUCCUAUGUCUUUCAACUCCAAAAGAUAUUUUAUGCAAAAUACAACAGUAUAUUUUCAAUUUUUAAUUACUCUUUACAUAUUAUAAAAUAUUAAGAGUAAUAAUAAAUUAUUUUGGCACCUAUUAAAGUAAAUUUUGUAAAAAAUGUCUUUUGAAAAUCACCAUAUUUUUACGAAUUCAAAUUUAAAGUAAAAAAAGUUGUGUUAAGAUAUGUUUUAUUACUAAUGAUAAAGAUGAUUUAACGAACUCUAGUCAAUUCUAUUUAACAAUUAAACUUAUCAUUUGUGAAUAACAAUAUUCGUAACAAAAGUAAUAAUUAAAUAUAUCAAAUGCAACUGGCAAUAAUAUUUACACACUAAAAUUUAAAAAUUCUUAGGCAUAAAAAAGAGACACAAUCACUAACUUCCAAAAACCAACGUAAUUUUUAAAUUUUAAUGUUGAAUUAUGUAAUUAAUAAAAUAUAUAUAUUUGUACACUAAUUUUAUCUUCCUAAUUAUUAUAAUGUGAUACACCAUUGUUUUUAUAAAAACAUUUACCUGUUAAAGUUAUUUGUAGAACAGGUCCGAAAUACCAAUUAACAUAACAAUUUUUAAGGUGAAAAAUUGUAUUUUCACAGAGAGUCAAUAUUUUUUUAGUUUUUCGGUAUUUUAAUUCAAAAUAUAUAUUUAAUAUUGUGUAUAUUGAUAUACAGAAUAUCAUACAUAUAUACUAUUUAUCUUGAAAAUUUAUUAAAUUUAUCCACAAGAUGAACUUCAAACAAUGUUUAAGGAGUCGGACCAUAUAACGUGCACAUAAAUUUAAAUAAAGUAAUAAAUAUAUAUUCUAUUAUUAUAAAGAUAUUUAUUUUUUACGUGUUUAGUUUACGAAAAGUAGUAACUGUUAAUAUGAAUGUUUAUAUAACAAAAAAUGCACUGAUCUCCCUAAAUUUUAAUAAAUGUGUUUAAUUAUAGAUGUCACAAUGCACUAACGCACAAUCAGCGAGUGGAUUUCUUGAAAAUAUUCAUUCAUUUUGAAGAAUUCCAUCCGCUACCGAGCACCCGUAGAAUAGUACUUCAUUGUCGCAACCAAAUUCCCGACUCCUGUCCCAGCUGUCCUUUCACCAUUGGUUCCAGAAAAAAAGAAUUAAAGAACCUUAUCACACUGGAAUCGCAGUUGUAAAUUAAAAAUAAAUAGUAAUCUGACGGCCUAAAUAUUUUUAUAAUUAGUAUUUGUUGACUGAUCAUUAUGCGCUGUUGUAGUUUCCCAGAAGACGCCGGCUCGUCACAAUAGAAAAUACUGCGAUUCUUAUAUGUUGAGGUUAAUCCUAUUGCUACCUAUGUGUAAAUGAGUAUAUUUUACUAUUAGCCUAUUAAAACAGUAUAAUGUACAUAUAUAAUAUAUAAAUAAUGGUGGUCCGCUGAAAAAAUAUCGUUGAUAUCUCUUUAGGGUAACUACUAUCUAUACUGAAUCUAUAUUAUAAUAAACAGUAAAUGAAUAUAAAUUUAUGUACAAUAAAUGCCUCAGCCAAUAAAUAUGGUGUAAAAGUU